UUAAAGCUGGGUGAUGGUGUUGAUUUUUGAUUGUGCGUGCGAUAAUUUUUUGGAAAAUUAAAAUUCAUCAGCGCUACACACAAAUGUCGUUUACGUCCGCUAAUUGAACUCGAAUAAAACGCCGCUCAGCGGCAUAUUGCAAUCUUUGUAAUAUAUCGUUAUUGUACAUAGAAACAGUAGAUUGUAAGUAGGAUGACUCUCGCGGAGUUUUUUAGUUGUUCCCUGCUUGCCUUCGGAGCUCCACUGGCGAUGUUCGCGAUGACAAUAGCGAACGACCCUGUCCGGAUCAUCAUCAUGAUAGCAGCGGCAUUUGGUUGGCUCCUAUCGUUUCUCUUGUCGUCGUUGGUAUGGUAUGCUGUAGUGCCUUUACGGUCAUAUUUGGCAUUUGGAAUGGUUUUUGCAGUCAUAUUCCAGGAAGCAUUCCGUUACGGCAUGUAUCUCUUAUUGAGGAAAACAGAAGCAGGUUUGAAAGAGAUCUCAGAGAACCAUGAAAUUGGCAGCAAUAAGCUGGAGAUGGCAUAUGUAUCUGGACUUGGAUUCGGAGUCAUGAGUGGAGCUUUCGCCUUAGUGAACGUCCUUGCAGACUCAGUUGGACCAGGCACGUUAGGCCUUAAAACAGGCACCGAGUACUUCUUUGUCACGAGUGCAGCCAUGACCCUCUGCAUGAUCCUCCUCAACACAUUCUGGAGUGUCAUAUUCUUCAGUGGCCUCGAUGAAAGUAACUACAUGAAAAUUGGAUGGGUGAUCCUCUCACAUUUCUUAGUUUCCUCAAUAAGUUUGUUGAACAGUAAAGAAUUGUAUGCCGUUACAAUAUUGCCCUCAUACAUCGUAUUAAUCAUCACGGCAAUCAUAGCAUAUAAAUGUGCGGGAGGGACCAGCAAAAGCUUUAUUGACAGUUUUACAGUGCGGUCAUAGGGCAGCUGUUGUAAAUACUUGUUGACCACUGCAUUAGUUUAAUGUGACAUGACACUCAUUUGUACAAUUUGUUGAUCGGAUUGGUAAAGUGUAAAUAAUUUGAACUAGUAGAUAGUUGAGAUUAUGCCUGUUCUAACGUCAACAUAGAUAAUUUAGAAGUGUUGUUAAUACGGAUUGUGAAGGAUGGGCAGUGUGUAUAAGGUAUUGCAACAUCCCGCCUUUAUUAGAGCAAUGGAUCAUAUCUACACAGAAAAAGAAUGGUCUCACACAAAGACUAUCCCCCUUACUAAUAAAAAGUUACACAGUUGUUGAACACUGUUUUAAAAUGACAUUUCCAUACUAAACGUCACUUUAAAACACUGUUCAACGAGUGUAAGUUUUAUUAGUAAGAGGGUAUAUAUUUUAGGAAAAUUAAUGAUCAUUAUUCAUUGAUUGAUGAAAAUGUGCUGUGGAACAAUUAAAUUCUACUAAUUUUCUUUCCUUCACAAAUAUCUAUUCUUGAGAGUAGAGAAAGAAAGCAAAUAUUGAAAACACAUUUAUUUUGCUUAUUAAUUGUUCAUUAUGUACAAAAAUAAAACACUAAUUUCUAAUUAUCAUUAUUUAUUAUGCCUUAGUUUAUAAAUCAUAAAAUAAGUAAAGAGAUCAUUCCCUUAGUUUGUAAUUUAUUCUAGUUCUUGUAAAUUGGACGGAACUGAAUUUAUUAUUGUCAACAGACAAAUAACAAUGCUAUUUCUGGAUAAUUAAUAAGACAAUUAAUUAUUAAAAAGAUUUUUUAUAAAAUAAAGAAUUAGAAACACAAA